GCUCUGUCAGAUUAAAGCGAGGCGAAGGAGAGGAGACGUACACACGCUGAUCCAGCACCAGCAACAGCACCAUCACAAUCUGCUCUGACUACAGAACCGGACACGGAUUUAAACCGACAUGGAGCCCACACUAAAGCCAGGACCCGGAGCAGCAGCAGCCCUCAUCAUGGUCUUCUUUCUGUCCACACAGGCUGUCUCAGCGUCAUAUCCCAAAGCUCAGAACAUCACAUGGAAAUCCACCAACUUUAAAACUAUUCUGACCUGGGAGCCCAAACCGUCAGCGGAUUACUCAUACACGGUGGAGUACUCUCUGGUUGGUAAGGACAGACAGAGGAACCCACACUGUAUCCGGUCCUUAAGAACCAUGUGUGAUCUGUCCAUCUCUCUGACUGACCUCAACUCCUACUACACUGCUGACGUUGUGUCUGAACCCCCGCUCGGUGCAAAGUCUGACCUCACUGAGUUCCCCUACAGCAGCUCACCACAGUUCUGCCCUUACAAAGACACUGAUAUCGGCAGACCUGAUUUCAAGCUGGAGGUCAGCGAAGACAAAAAGAAGACCAUCUUACAUGUGAUUGACCCGCUCACCGCCCUGUUUAAAGACGGCAGCCAGCUGAACAUCAGGGAUAUCUUCACUGACCAGCUGCAGUAUAAAGUCAUCUAUCGGAAAAAUAAGAGCACCGGCAAGAAAGAAUACACCUCUAAGACCAACAGGAUAGAGCUGACAGGUCUAGACCGAGGAGAGAGCUACUGCUUCAACGUCCAGGCCUUCAUCCCCAGCCGCAGCUUCGACAAGCAGCUGGGAGAGCUGAGCCACACCCAGUGCUCCAACAACGAAGACAAGUCCAUCUUUGAAGUGUACUCAGUUGGUGUGAUCGCUGCUGGCAUCUUCCUCAUCCUGCUGGUGAUCGGCCUCUUCAUUGCCGUCACAGUGAUCUGCUACAAGCGCAGGCAGGAAGCUCUGAAAAGUGGAAAAGAAGGAAUGCCGCUCCGGGAUGUGUAGAGUGUGUCGUCUAUCAUGCGCACACACACACACACACACACAUGGGGGGAUGCGUGGGAUGCUGUGGUACAAGUGAACUGGACUGUGGCCUGUGAGGACAGUGGAGGACAGGUCUAGUUGAACAUUCCUCUGUCAAACACUGGAUUCAAUGGUUGCUUUAGUUUCUGUGAAACUGCCUCUGAAUAUGUCAGACAUAUUUCUUUCUUUCUUUCUUUCUUGCUUUCUGGCUUCAUGUUGUAGAAAAGCACUGUUUGAACAAUCCUACUGUACACACUAGUCAGAGGGCUGAAGCUGUAAUAUUCAAUAUUUUGUCUAUGAUAUUAUUUUUAUAUUUGGUGAAUGGUACUUCAGAUAACUGUAGAUAAACACUACCAGCUGGUUUUAUUUAUUUCAUUUAUAGUCUGCUGUCUAACUGAAAUGAUUGUCAUGAUCAGGAUUCUUGGGACACUUUUAAACUUUUGAUGAUUUUUGAUGCUUAAUUUAUUGUUUAAUGAAAUUAACAUAUUUGUAUAUGAUGUCGUUUUUAACUUUUUUACUUUAUUUUUAAGAGAAUUAUUUUUAUGUGGUGUAAUAUUGAAGAAUAAAUAUUUUGUGAGUGAA